AAUCUUAAAGAAAACACCAACAAGAUUGCCAAUAAAGUUGGAGAGAGAAGAGAGGAAGAAAAAGGGCAUAGUCAUAUUGGCGACGCCAAAGAUUUCCAAAACGCUUUAGUGCGUCAUGAACGAGACCUCAUAAUAUCCAGAGAAGUAGGAGAUAGGGCAAGAAAAGGAAGAGCGUACUGUAAUCUUGGAAACGCCUAUCACAGUCUUGGGGAUUUGCAGAAAGCCAUAGAGUGCCAUGAACGACACCUCAAAAUUUCGAAAGAAGUGGGAGACAGGACAGGAGAAGGAAGAGCUUACUCUAAUCUUAGCAACGCCUAUCACAGUCUUGGAGAUUUUCAGAAAGCCAAGGAGUACCAUGAACAAGACCUCAAAAUUUCGAAAGAACUGGGAGACAGGGCGGGAGAAGGACAAGCGUCCUGUAAUCUUGGCAACGCCUUUAGAAAUCUUGGAGAUUUCCAGAAAGCCAUAGAGUACCAUGAACGAGACCUCAAAAUUUCGAAAGAAGUUGGAGACAGGGCAGGAGAAGGAAGAGCGUACUGUAAUCUUGGUAACGCCUAUCACAGUCUUGGAGAUUUUCAGAAAGCCAAAGAGUACCAUGAACAAGACCUCAAAAUUUCGAAAGAAGUGGGAGACAGGGCAGGAGAAGGAAGAGCGUAUGGUAAUCUUGGCAACGCCUAUGACAGUCUCGGAGAUUUCCAGAAAGCCAUAGAGUACCAUGAACGACACCUCAAAAUUUCAAAAGAAGUUGAAGACAGGGUAGGAGAAGGAAAAGCGUACUGUAAUCUUGGCAACGCCUAUCACAGUCGUGGAGAUUUUCAGAAAGGAAAAGAAUAUCAUGAACGAGACCUCAAAAUUUCGAAAGAAGUGGGAGACAGGGCAGGAGAAGGAAAAGCGUACUGUAAUCUUGGCAACGCCUAUGACAGUCUCGGAGAUUUCCAGAAAGCCAUAGAGUACCAUGAACGAUGCCUCAAAAUUUCGAAAGAAGUAGGAGACAGGGCAGGAGAAGGAAGAGCGUACGGUAAUCUUGGCAACACCUUUAGAAAUCUCGGAGAUUUCCAGAAAGCCAUAGAGUACCAUGAACGAUGCCUCAAAAUUUCGAAAGAAGUUGGAGACAGGGCAGGAGAAGGAAGAUCCUACGGUAGUCUUGGUAUUGACUUUAGAAACCUGGGAGAUUUCCGGAAAGCCAUAGAGUACUAUAAACGAGACCUCAAAAUUUCGAAAGAAGUGGGAGACAGGGCAGGAAAAAGAAGAGCGCUAUGUAAUCUGGGCAACGCCUUUAGAAAACUUGGAGAUUUCCAGAAAGCCAUAGAGUACCAUGAACGAGACCUUAAAAUUUCGAAAGAAGUGGGAAACAGGGCAGGAGAAGGAAGAGCGUACGGUAAUCUUGGCAACAACUUUAUAAAUCUUGGAGAUUUCCAGAAAGCCAUAGAGUACCAUGAACAAGACCUCAAAAUUUCGAAAGAAGUGGGAGACAGGGCAGGAGAAGGAAAAGCGCACGGUAAUCUUGGCAACGCCUAUUACAGUCUCGGAGAUUUCCAGAAAGCCAUAGAGUACCAUCAAGGAGACCUCAAAAUUUCGAAAGAAGUGGGAGACAGGGCAGGAGAAGGAAGAGCGUAUGGUAAUCUUGGCAACGCCUAUGACAGUCUCGGAGAUUUCCACAAAGCAAUAGAGUAUUGUAAGAAGAGUCUUAUAGCCUUCGACCACAUCAGGGGAAAUCUCAUAUCUAAUGACGAAUGGAAGAUUACCCUUGGGAAUACGUAUGAUCAUAUUAAUUUGAGGCUAUGGAAGCUGCAGUUUAAGGACGGCAAAGUCAUCGAGUCACUUUUAACUGCUGAUCAAGGACGUGCACAAGCUUUAAAUGAUCUUCUGGAGUUCAUGUAUGGCCUUAAAGGGCCAGGCCCAGAGAUUGGAACACUUUCUGCAUUUCCUAGUUACUUACCAUCAAAUACAGCUUUCAUAGGCAUCAACGAGGGAGCAAUAGUUCUCUGGGUGAGCGUGACAGGAAAAGAAAUCAAAACUAGAAAAACUCUGAUUGAUAUAUCCGUCACAAGCUAUUUUCAGUCUCUUUUGGAAACUACACAUAAAGAAAUAGGUGUGAGAGCUGAUGUUAAUUGUGAAGAUCGCUCGUUAAGGAACCCAGACGAUAAAGAGUUAGUAGAAGAAGGAUCCAUUAAGCCGAAGUCUCAUCCUUCAUGUUUUGAGACAAAGUCAUUACAAACAUUUUACAAUGUUGUUAUAGACCCUAUAAGAGACUUACUCCAAGGCGAUGAGGUUGUGGUCGUUCCACAAGGACCUCUGUGUUUGGCGCCGUUUGCUGCUUUCAUGGACUUGAAAUCAAAGUACCUCUGUGAAACUUUCAGAAUUCGUCUCCUUCCUUCACUUUCUAGAAUUCGUCUCCUUCCUUCACUUUCUUCGAUUAAUCCAAAAUAGUCCAGCAGAUUGGCACAGCAAGACUGGCGCUCUCCUCGUCGGCGAUCCUUGGGUACAGGAGGUAGUUUAUCAAGGAAGAACGCUAAAGCAGUUAGAGUGGGCCGAAAAAGAAGUGCAGAUGAUUGGGCAAAUAGUUCGAACUGUACCACUCGUUGGAAAGCAGGCAACAAAAGAUGAAGUUUUGAGACGUAUCUCCUCGGUUGCUUUGGUACACAUUGCUGCUCACGGUAAAAUGGAAACAGGAGAAAUUGCCUUGGCUCCUAACACAACACGUUCAUCAUCUGUGAAUCCAACCAGGGAGGACUAUCUCUUAACUAUAAAAGAUGUUUUCAAGGCGCAGAUUAGGGCAAGACUUGUUGUACUUAGCUGUUGUCAUAGCGCUCGGGGAGAAGUCAAAGCUGAGGGUGUGGUCGGCAUCGCACGGGCCUUUUUGGGUGCUGGUGCUCGUUCUGUUCUGGUGUCCCUGUGGGCGAUCGACGACGAAGCUACUAUGGAGUUCAUGAAAGUUUUCUACCAACACUUAGUUCAUGGACGAAGUGCCAGUGAGGCCCUGAAUAAAGCCAUGAAAUCCAUGAGAGAAUCUGACCGCUUUAGUGCAGUGAAGUACUGGGCGCCUUUUGUUCUCAUUGGUGAUGACGUAACGCUUGAGUUUGAAAGCAUCGAUUGA